CAACUCAUCGACUUUAUGGCGGGCUUCAGCUGUAUCUCUCUCCUUUUUGACAGCUUGGGAAAUGGCAUGGCUGCUUUUCCCGUACUGGUUGACUUCGUCGCCUAUAGCAAGAACCACCUUGGCCAGCUGAUUGGUGCGUUUGUAUUGCAGGAUAUGUCCUUCUUUGUGCUCAACGAUCCUGAUCCAACAUACCAGGCCUACCUGCAGGAAUUACGCAUCCUCCAGCACGAACUGGCCAGUUUGCCGGGUUUCAUUGCCAACUUUUUGGCUUCGGCACCAGCAGCAAAGUCAAAAUCCACCGAACGUUUGCUCCAAGCUGCCCUUGAAUGUGUGGUAAAUGAUGAACUUGCUGAUUGCGCGGCAUUGGACUCUAUGAGGAAUGCUCUGGCAAGGGUGCAUCCAUUGUUUCUGGAUGCUAUCAAUGCAGCAGUGCCAGAAGCUGCAACGGAUGAUCGUUCUUCACAGUAAAGGCAUGGUAUGCGGCCAAUUUCUUCGCUUCUCAAUAGUGACUUUCAGUGCCAACCGUACAGUGAUAGUGCAAGAUUUUGGAAGCUGCGAGCAUAUGGGUCCAGGAAAA